AUGGCGACAACAGCAUCAUCGGUGAAUGUUAGUCUUGAUGACAUCGAUCUGUCCAGUCUCAGGGAUCCAGCAGGGAUAUUUGACCUUAUAGAGGUUGUCGGAAACGGCACAUAUGGGCAGGUGUAUAAGGGGCGGCACACAAAGACUGGACAGUUAGCUGCUAUUAAAGUGAUGACUGUCACUGAGGACGAAGAGGAGGAAAUCAAACUGGAAAUUAAUGUGCUUAAAAAGUUCUCCAACCAUCGGAACAUUGCCACCUACUAUGGAGCUUUUAUCAAAAAGGUGUCUGCAGGCAAGGAUGAUCAACUUUGGCUGGUCAUGGAGUUUUGUGGUGCUGGGUCAAUCACAGACUUGGUGAAAGCAACAAAGGGUAACUCACUCAAGGAAGAAUGGAUUGCCUAUGUCUGUCGAGAGAUUCUGCGAGGCCUAGCCCACUUGCAUGCCAACCGUGUGAUUCACCGAGACAUCAAGGGGCAAAAUGUGCUACUAACAGACAAUGCUGAAGUCAAGCUGGUUGAUUUUGGAGUCAGUGCUCAAUUGGAUAAGACCAUUGGUAGAAGAAAUACUUUCAUUGGGACUCCAUACUGGAUGGCCCCAGAGGUGAUAGCAUGUGAUGAAAACCCUGAUGCCACUUAUGACAAAAGGAGUGACUUGUGGUCAUUGGGUAUCACAGCCAUUGAGAUGGCAGAAGGAAAACCUCCUCUGUGUGACAUGCAUCCAAUGAGAGCUCUGUUCUUAAUUCCAAGAAACCAGCCUCCUCGCCUGAAGAAUCCCAACAAAUGGUCAAGUAAAUUCCACAACUUUGUUGACUCCUGCCUGAUCAAGGACUACCAACAAAGGCAUACUACAGAGCAACUGCUGAAACAUCCCUUCAUCAAAGACCAACCCACAGAGAGGCAAGCCAGGAUUCAAUUGAAGGACCAUAUAGACAGACACAAGAAGAACCGUAAGGGUGAAGACCAUGAGACAGAGUAUGAAUAUGAAGGCAGUGAUAAUGAGGAGGAGGAUGAGAACACCAUGCCUGGGGACCCAAGCUCAAUCCUUCAGAUUCCAGGAGAAAGCACUCUGAAACGAAACUUCCAGCAGAUUCAGGAAAGAGAGGUUCGCCGGCAGGAACCAUCACCGCGGGCUGCAAGUGGUCAUCAGCAGCAGCAGCAACAACAACAGCGACUUAGUCAGCAUGGGGCACCAAGACCACUCUCAUCCCUUCAAGUGAGUAAGAUUUGUUUUUGUGUAUGUUCCUCAUCAUCUUCCAUGCCUGACCCAAAGCCAGUGGGUAUUGCAAGCAACAGCCAGGCCUCACACCAUCAGCCUCCAGCAGUCAGAUCCUCGGGAUUGUUUGGUGGAUCUUCUGGAAAUCGAUCUGAUGAUCUUGACAGAUUAGCUCUUCAUCUGAGUAAAAUUGGAGCUGAAGAAAGAAUUGCCAAAACUGUGGUCUUGGAAGAGGAGGAUGAAGACGAUGAUGACGACGAUGAUGAAGAUGAGGAUGGUAAUAGAGUUGGGACUCUGCCAGCCUCUGGACCAGCCAGAUCUUCACAUGUAGCAAAUUUUGGCAAAGACAGAUCUGAAGGCCUCUCAUCUCUAAUAAUUCACCAAGAUGCUGCACACCGCACACCACAACCGGAUCUAGCCAAACUCAGGGUAAAUGAUAAUGAUGGAGAGGGUACUCUAGUUGCAAGGCGUAACAAGUCAGACCCAGUCAUAGAGGGGGACAAAGACAAGGGAAAGGAUAGAAGCAGAGGAUCAGAACGGGACAAGGACCUGUCCAAGAUCUCCAAGCCCCUCAUGGUCCACCAUGUACACAGAAGUUCUUCCAACUCAUCCAGCUCAUCAGCUCCUGCCAGUGGUCAGUCACCCAGACAUAGUGGGGUGAUGCCAGACUUAGUGCCACCUCACACACCACCACAGACCAGGUCUCCUCCAACCCCACAGAGAUCCCAGGACAAGGUUGCAUCAGAGGAGGUCAGUUUUUCUUUUCUCACUUUAAUACAGUCACGACGAGGCUCACAAAUUACUGUCAAUGUCACACCGUCACAGACUACGGAGGGAGUCAGCGAUACACCAGAAAUCCGCAAAUACAAAAAGCGUUUCGGCUCAGACAUUCUGUGUGCAGCUUUAUGGGGUGUGAAUCUGUUGAUAGGAACUGAAUCUGGCUUGAUGCUGCUGGACAGAAGUGGACAAGGAAAAGUGUACACACUAAUAUCCAGGCGGAAGUUCCAGCAAAUGGAGGUGUUGGAAGGACAGAACAUCCUGGUGACAAUAUCUGGCAAGAAAAGUAAGAUACGCGUCUACUACCUCUCCUGGCUGAAAUCCAAGAUCUUGAAAAAUGAUACAAGUGACAAAACCAACGGUUGGGUAAAUGUGGGUGAGCUGGAGGGCUGUAUACAUUUUAAAAUUGUUAAAUAUGAGCGAAUCAAAUUUCUGGUGAUAGCCCUGCAGGACAGCAUUGAGAUCUAUGCAUGGGCACCAAAACCUUACCACAAGUUCAUGGCAUUCAAA